GGCGGCGAGGCCCCGCCCCCGCGGCGCCGGGGCUGAGCGGCGGUCCCGGAGCGGCUCCGGGUCCGGGUCCCGGUGCCGGUGCCGGUGCCGGGCAUGGUGUGAGCGCUGCCCCCCCCCCCGCCAUGAACGGCGCGGCCCCGCCGCCGCUGCUGGAGCCCAAGGAGCGGGUGCUGAAGCUGGGCGAGACCUUCGAGAAGCAGCCGCGCUGCGCCUUCCACACCGUCCGCUGUGAGCGCCCCGGGGCUCGGCUCGGCCCCCGCGAUGACUUUAAGCCUGCGUCUAUCGAUACAUCCUGUGAAGGAGACCUGGAGGUUGGCAAGGGGGAACAGGUGACGAUAACGUUGCCAAAUAUCGAGGGCUCAACUCCACCAGUGACUGUGUUCAAGGGCUCAAAGAAGCCUUACCUAAAAGAAUGUAUCUUAAUUAUCAAUCAUGACACUGGAGAAUGUCGCCUAGAGAAACUCAGCAGCAACAUCACUGUGAAAAAAACGAGAGCUGAAGGAAGCAGCAAGGUCCAGUCUCGUAUCGAGCAGCAACAGCAGCAAAUGCGACAUGCAACCAAGACUCCAAACAACGUUAAAAAUUCUCCGCCAAAAGAAAAGAUGUUUCUGUCUUCUCCUAUGGAUGACAUUGAACGAGAGCUAAAAGCAGAAGCCAGUAUCAUGGACCAGCUGAGCAGCUCUGACAGUUCAUCUGACUCUAAAAGUUCUUCGUCCUCUUCGUCCAGUAGUGAAAACAGUUCCAGUGAUUCUGAAGAUGAGGAAGCGAAGCCCUCUCUUCCUCUGUCCAUGCCGUAUUUGCAGCCACAGCCUACUGUGUCUGCCAUACCACAACAGGCUGUCCCUGACAAAGAUGCCAGUCAUAACAGAUCCCAAGAGAGCAGUGGUCAUAUGAUGAAUACACUACGAAAUGACUUGCAGCUGAGUGAAUCUGGAAGCGAUAGUGAUGACUGAACAAAGUUUUGGCCUUAAACAUAUCACCUUUUUUGCUAAAUAUGUCUUAGCAUCUGUUUUGCACUAAGAUUAGAUUACCAGAGACUGGAAUGAAUGUCCUCGAUUUUGAUAAUAAAGACAUCCUAAUUUUCUACUGACACAUCGUGUCUAUAACACAGCAGCAUUGAUACGUUGUCAGUGCUAUGGUUAUGUGUUUACCUUUCAAAUUACUGUAUUUACAGUAAAAUUGUGUAUGAUCUGAUUUUGAUUAUUUUGCCUCAGCCACCUGUUUUACUUGAAACUGAUUUGUAACAGCUAGUUACUUUAUAUAAAUAGUUUAUGAAAUGGAGGAAUUUCUGAUAUUUAUGGAGGCAAGUUUCCUUCCUAUCAUUUAAAUGUUGAAUGCUGAUCUUACAGCUUUAACGUGGAGGGUGUAAAAGGGAGAGCAACUAAAUGAGGUCUGCUGUGUCAGCUACACUUUUUGUUCAGUUCACAGUUCAUACCUUUAAGGAAACUGCUGAAUAAUGUGGUCCACUAGUGCAGUUACAGUUUACAAUUGUUCAACACAUUGCUGAAUCCUUAAUUUCAUUGUAUUAUAGGACUUUAUAUUUCUGAGCCUCAAGAUUCCUGAGGGAACUUGUCUAUUCUCUGCCUUUUUUUAAUGUAACUUGAAUAGGCCGGUCUUUUUACAACCUUUUUGUAUCUAAAUUUAGAUAACUGUGGAGACAGCAAUGAUUUUUCUUCAUGUAAUUCUAUAACGGAAAUCAGAAAUUUUCUUUGUAGAAGUAUAAAAGUAAUUUAAUAAAGCAAUAUUUAUCACUUUG